ACGGAGUUAGAAUUCGUCGUCCGAUCCGAUCAUGGAGUUUGCGUUCUAAGCGGACUCUGCUUUCCUUCCCUUAAUCAUAUGCACCGGCGAGAUGGGAACGGGACACAAGCGGAGUGGAGCUGCCGAGUCCAUCGUUCUGCGAGGGAUUUUGCGUUAUAAAAGUAGGAGAAGAAGAGAAAUAAAUCAAUCGCUCUCCGCUCUUCUCAUCCCGAUCGUUCCCUAAUCCAGGAAGAAAGAAAGGGGAGGGGGGGGGGGGGGGGGGUCCAGAUUCGUUUCUCCUGCGAAGGCAUUCGAACCGAUUCGUUUGAGGAGUGAUUCGGGAGCAGAGAUCAGGGUGGAGAAAGAGAGGAUUAGGAAAAAUGCCUCGAAAAGUUAAUCAUGGACUUGACUAUGAUGAAGACUAUGAUGCAUACGAUGAUUAUGAUGAUUAUGACUACGAUUAUGGUGCAGACGGCAAUGAUUAUGAAAAUGAUAAUGGUAUGCAAGGAGAUGGAAACUCAUCUCAACAAGGCACUAAAGUUAGCAGACCUCGGAUAUGGCAGUGCUCCAUUUGUACGUAUGAUAAUGAUGAGAGUUCAUUGUCUUGUGAGAUAUGUGGAAUUAUCCGCGAUUGCUCUGCCAACUUUGACAACAAUGAUAAAGAUAAAGCUAUUGACAUGUCCAAAAGUUCAGAAGCAUCUAUAAUGGGCAAGUCCAAUCUUACACAAGUGCCUUCUGCACCGCUCCAAACAGAAAUAACUUCUGUUGGUUUUCCAAGUAAAAAAGCUAGCAAGUCAUUUGGGAAAGUUCACGAGGUGCAGUCAGUUUCUGCCAGGGCAGCCUCCAGCUUCAACGAAGAGGGGAUAGCUGUAUCUAGUGAAAUAACUGACAAUUCAUCUUUUUCAUUGUCUAAAGCUUCCAGGGAUGUUGAAGAUGCAACAAAAAGUCUAGCCAGCAACCUAGACCAUUUGAAGCUGAAUAAUAAUACUAUGAAUAGUAAAAAAGCACCUUCACGCACUCCAUACAAGUCAGAGAAAUGGAUGUUCCAGGACCAAGAGCAAGGAAUUCUGAGCCAGUUAAAUCUUGCAAUAGUUGGUCAUGUUGAUUCUGGAAAAUCAACUCUCUCUGGGAGAUUGCUCUAUCUUUUGGGACGAAUAUCGAAGAGAGAAAUGCACAAGUAUGAGAAGGGGGCGAAAGAAAUGGGAAAAGGAUCAUUUGCCUAUGCAUGGGCAAUGGAUGAAAGUUAUGAAGAGAGGGAGCGGGGUAUAACAAUGACAGUGGCUGUUGCAUAUUUUGACUCAAAGAAAUAUCGCAUUGUUUUGCUGGACUCCCCUGGCCACAAAGAUUUUGUCCCAAAUAUGAUAUCUGGUGCUACACAAGCAGAUGCAGCUGUUCUUGUUGUUGAUGCAUCUGUUGGGUCCUUCGAAGCAGGUAUGGAUGGUAAUGGUGUUGGACAGACAAGGGAGCAUGCCCAACUUAUCAGAAGUUUCGGUGUUGAGCAAAUUAUUGUUGCUGUUAAUAAGAUGGAUAUGGUUGGAUACUCAAAGGAAAGAUUUAAUUUCAUAAAAUUGCAACUCAGCUCCUUUCUACGGUCUCGUGGAUUCAAGGAUUCAUCAGUGACUUGGAUACCUAUUAGUGCCAUGGAAAACCAGAAUUUGGUCGAAGCUGCUUCCGAUGUGCGUUUUUCUGGCUGGUAUCAAGGACUAUGUCUGUUGGAUGCGAUAGAUUCUCUGCAGCCUCCUCUAAGGGAUUUUUCAAAGCCACUUAUUCUUCCUAUAUGUGAUGUCAUCAAGUCACAAUCCAUGGGACAAGUGGCAGCUUGCGGGAAACUAGAGACAGGAGCUAUUCGACAUGGUUCAAAGGUUCUAGUAAUGCCUUCAGGGGAUUUAGCUACAGUACGAUCUAUCGAGCGAGAUUCUAGUACAUGCAGUGUAGCAAGAGCUGGUGACAAUGUAGCUGUCAGCUUACAGGGCAUCGACUCAGGUCUCGUGAUGCCUGGUGGAGUGCUCUGUCAUCCUGAUUUCCCUGUUCGUGUAGCAACCCGUUUGGAACUGAAGAUCCUUGUCUUGGACAAUGCAGCACCUAUUCUAAUUGGAUCUCAGGUCGAAUUUCAUAUACAUCAUGCAAAAGAAGCUGCAAGGGUGGUAAAGAUAUUGUCGUUGCUGGACCAGAAGACUGGGCAGGUCUCUAGAAUGGCACCACGGAUUCUUAAAGCCAAACAAAGUGCUGUAAUAGAGGUUGCACUUGAUGGGGCAGUAUGUGUGGAAGAAUAUUCCAAAUGCCGGGCUCUUGGAAGGGCAUUUUUGCGAUCUUCAGGAAGCACCAUUGCGGUUGGUGUUGUUACCCGGGUACCUGAGCCAGAUUUGUAGCUCCUUGAGCAGCAUCUGUUAAUAAACAUGGCGAACUCAUGGAAAUUGCCAAAACCACCAUCAUAUAUGCACAAGAACCAUGGUUCUUCAGAGACGCAAAAAAAAAAAAAGAAAAAAAAAGAAAAAGAGAGAGAGAGAGAGAGAGAGUAUGCAGUCCCCCACAAAGGCUACAGGCAGUUUUGGCUUGUUUUUGGUAUUUGUAGAUUUAUGUCAUGUAUGUUAGCAGAAGUUGUAAUAUAUGGUCCUUACACUUUUUAUAGUUCCAUGUGCUUGAGCUGCUACUAAAUUUAUUACUAGAUUUUUAACUGAGUUGGUGGGGGAUUGUAGAGGCAUUGUAAUUCGGUUAUUUAUAUAGUUUUAUUCGUUGUCUUAUCUUUUCUGAUUUCA